AGCUAAAAUGAACUCUGAAAAUCCCCAAAUCUACUCUGCUCCACCACCAUAUGAAGUUGCCAUCGGGAUGCCGAAAGUGAAUCGGCAACCGGCUCCAGUAUUAGCUCCGCCCAUUGAUCCAAGGCCAUGUGGCAGAGUGAUAGGUGUAAUUUCUGUGAAGCAGGCCCCAACAUAUUCAUCUUAUCAGGAGAAUUGUACAAGAUGUCAGACACUGGUACAAACUCGAGUUGAGCACAAAAUUGGUAUCAUGUGGUGGCUAUGUGCCACCCUCUCAUUUUGUUUCUUCUUCUGCUGCUACCUAUUGUUUUUCCCGAUCACCAAGGACGCUCAACAUUUUUGUCCAAACUGUGGGUCUUUGUUGGCUGUUAGGACGAGAGCCUAGAGUCUGAGAUAAAAGCAAUGACGUUCUGAAGCGCACGACAACAACCGGGUUUGGCAACGAGCUGUGGCUAGCCGAGGACCCGGCAGAUGUCGGACGCUUCGUAUUUUUAAUGUACAAAUUGAAUAAAUUUUUUAAAAUCAU